UAUAUGAUAGAAAUUAAAAAAAAAAAAGAACAAGUCGUUAAGGGAAAAACUUCAAUUCUUUCCGGGUUCAGUAGGCUGCUGGGAUUCUCUUUUUUCUUCUUCCCUCACCAAACCCCCUUCUUCUCCAUCUACCAAAUCAACCAUUCCCAUCACACAACAAUUCAACGAUCAGAAUGGCUUUAUCCACAAAUCGGACGGUUAACCACCUUCUAAAGCCAUUAUCCGCCGCCAUAUGCGCCACGCGCCGCCUAUCGUCCGACACCAUCACCGUCGAGACUAGCAUUCCAUUUACCGGCCACAACAUCGAUCCUCCGUCACGCACCGUCGAGACAAGCGCCAACGAACUCAUGACUUUCUUCAAAGACAUGGCGGAGAUGCGGCGGAUGGAGAUCGCCGCAGAUUCGCUCUACAAGGCGAAACUCAUCCGCGGAUUCUGCCACCUCUACGACGGCCAGGAGGCCGUUGCCAUAGGCAUGGAAGCUGCAAUUACCAAAAAGGACUGUAUCAUUACGGCUUACAGGGAUCACUGUUUAUUCCUAGGGCGUGGCGGAGGGUUAUACGAGUCAUUUGCGGAACUAAUGGGGAGAAAAAAUGGGUGUUCGAAAGGAAAAGGAGGAUCAAUGCAUUUUUAUAAGAAGGAGAGUGGAUUUUAUGGAGGUCAUGGGAUUGUAGGUGCUCAAGUUCCUUUAGGUAUUGGACUUGCUUUCGCGCAAAAGUAUUCGAAAGAGGAGCAUGUUACUUUCGCGAUGUAUGGUGAUGGUGCUGCUAAUCAAGGACAGUUGUUUGAGGCUUUGAAUAUGGCUGCUUUGUGGGAUCUUCCUGCUAUUCUUGUCUGCGAGAAUAAUCACUAUGGAAUGGGGACAGCAGAAUGGAGGGCUGCAAAGAGUCCAGCCUAUUACAAAAGAGGAGACUAUGUUCCUGGUUUAAAGGUGGAUGGUAUGGAUGCUCUUGCUGUGAAACAAGCAUGCAAAUUUGCAAAGGAGCAUGCCCUCAAGAAUGGACCAAUUAUUCUUGAAAUGGACACCUACAGGUACCAUGGUCACUCCAUGUCUGAUCCUGGAAGCACCUACCGUACACGUGAUGAGAUUAGUGGUGUUCGGCAGGAACGUGAUCCUAUUGAAAGAAUUAGGAAACUCAUAUUAGCUCAUGAUAUAGCCACUGAGAAGGAGCUGAAGGAUAUUGAGAAAGAAAAGAGGAAAGUGGUAGAUGAAGCCAUUGCUAAAGCAAAGGAGAGUCCCAUGCCUGAUCCUUCAGAACUGUUUACUAAUGUAUACGUGAAAGGGUUUGGAGUUGAGGCCUUUGGAGCAGAUAGGAAAGAAGUCAGAACCACACUUCCCUAAGGCAAAGAUAUGGUUGCCUUUUUUAUUUGCCUUGCUUGGAAGUUGGACCCUUAAGAGGGGGAUAACUGCAGACAACAAUAAUUGUGAUGACAAAAGCUUGAGUUUCCUCUGAUUGCAUAUAUAUUGGAACGGUUUAUCUUUAUUGUAGGAAAUGGUUCUUUGUCUAUGAUUUUUUGCUCUUGUGGCAGACACUUGGCGUGUGAAUUUUUUUACAAGAUUGCAAUUUCAUAUAGUAAUAAAUAUGACAUGCGACCACUUUGUAGCUUGAGUUGCUUUGUACUCUAAAACAUUAUUACCUCAAUUUUGUGUCC